AUGGAGGAGACAAAAGAGAAAACUGGCUCACUGAAGGGAAAAUAUGAAACAUGUUUGACCUGCACUCAUUGUGGAAAGAGUCUGAGAUGCAAACAGAGUCUCAGGAAUCACAUGAUGGUCCACACUGGAGAGAAACCGUUCACAUGUGUUCAGUGCGGGACCAGUUUCAGACAUUUGUCAACCUUUAAUGAACACAAGAAGAUUCACACUGGAGAGAAACCGUUCACAUGUGUUCAGUGCGGGACGAGUUUUAGACAAUCGUCAGCCUUAAAUGAACACAAGAAGAUUCACACUGGAGAGAAACCGUUCGCAUGUGUUCAGUGCGGGACGAGUUUCAGACAAUCAUCAGCCCUUAAUCAACACAUGAUGAUCCACACUGGAGAGAAACAGUUCACAUGUGAUCAGUGCGGGACGAGUUUCAGACGUUUAUCAACCCUUAAUGAACACAUGAAGAUUCACACUGGAGAGAAACCGUUCACAUGUGUUAAGUGCGGGACGAGUUUCAGAUGUUUAUCAAACCUUAAUAAACACAUGUUGAUCCACACUGGAGAGAAAACACACAAAUGUGAUCAAUGCGGCAAAACAUUUUUGAGAGCUUCAGAGCUGAAGAAACAUCUUAGAGUUCACACAAAGGAGAGACCUUAUUCAUGUUCAUUGUGUAGGAAGAGAUUUAAAUGUCAGCAAAGUUUAAAAGCACAUCAAAAGAUCCACACUGGUGUGAGAGAGUAUAUGUGCUUUGAGUGUGAGAAGACUUUUAUUACAGCUGGAGAACUGAAACGGCACCAGAGGAUUCACACUGGAGAGAAACCGUACGUGUGUUCACACUGCGGCAAGACAUUCAGUCUGUCGCAAAACCUGAAAACACAUGAGAAGAUUCACACUAAAGAGAAAGCUUACAGAUGUGAUCAGUGUCUUAAAAGUUUCACAAAAUUGCCUCAGUUUAAGAAACACAUGAAAAUCCACUGUAAAAAGAAACCCAAAUGACUUAAAAAUCACAGAAUGUCAAGAAAAUAAACCAAUGUUUAUUUGGUUUCUAUGUAUAUCGCUUGAUUUAUCAGAGUUUUUCUCAUUACGCUGUAUUUUGCAAAGCUGAAUACAUUCUUGAUGUAUAUGUGUACAAUUUCAGCAGUAGUUUUAUAAUAUUACAACAUUAUUGUAUCCAUUAUUUGUACACCCACUGACCACUUUAUUAGGUACACCUUACCAGUACCUGGUUGGAGCCCCUUUUGCCCUCAGAACUGCCUUAAUCUUUCAUGGCAUAAACCAUCUGUAAACCCUAGAGAUGGUUGUUCGUAAAAAACCCAGUAGAUCAGCAGUUUCUGAAAUACUCAGACCAGCCUGUUUGGCACCAACAACCAUGCCACAUUCAGAGUCACUUAAAUCACAUUUCUUCCCCAUUCUGAUGCUUUGUUUGAACUGCAGCAGAUCGUCUUGACCAUGUCUACAUGCCUAAAUGCAUUGAGUU